UUCCCUUUCAUUCUAUUUGCUUUCUCCAUUCUCCGUAGUCCGAUACCAAAGCACAACCAUGAAGAUCUAUUUGGCACUUUUUGCUCUGUUCCUCUUCUUUUUAUACGAAGUUCCUAGUGCCUCCUCGGCCAAAUUAAACCCCCGCACCGCCAACCGUCACCCGCACCCAGCUCGCCCGGUCCGUCAAGCCAAGCCUGCCGCGGCGGACGAUGAGGACGCCGGUGAUGAUGAGGAGGAAGCGGACCAGCCGGCCGCUAAACCGGUGUCGUCCAAGUCAUCGGCCAAGGCCUCCGGAGCCUCGGUGAAAGUCAGUGGCAAGGCCAGCGCGUCGUCCAGCAGCAGCGAUGACGACGGUGCGUCCGGUUACGCAAAACCCACGAAACCAACUACCACCACGACCACCACCACCACGACGAAGAAACGACGCCCGGGCUACGAACUGGAGAACACCGGGGUCACCGAGGCUAUCUUCCGGCCUAAGGUGCCCAAGGGACGUACCGCCUUCGACCGGAAGUAAAGAAUGAAUGAAAUAUUGUGUUAUAACGUUCCUAAAUAACCGAACGGAAAAUUGUUGAUGAAUGUGUGUUAAAUUGUUAACGUUCCUAUACGACAGUUGUUACGUUGAUCUUGUUAACGGCCACUUGUCCGUUCAGCAGAAAAAGCGCUAUGUACCGAUCGUUAAGUGUUUAACGAA